AGGGGGGCAGCACAUCACAUCACAUCAGAGCAGCCAGACAAUUCAAACCGCACCGGGGAGGGCUCCACGCUCCCUCACACCCACGCCGCGCUGCUUCCGGAUUCGACUCGUUCCAAUCCCCCACCGGUCCAAAAUCGCACCCAGAAAGGCCUCGAAUCCGAAUCCACCCGUCGCGAUUCAAACCAGGCCACCCCCCGCUUCUCUCUCCCCUCCCCUCCUCCCCCUGCUCGCGCAGCGCGGCGCCGCCGCCGCCGACUCCUCCUCGCCGGGGCCGCGGGAGCGGCGGGCGAUGGAAACCCUAAUGGUGGACCGCGUCCACAGCAGCCUCCGCCUCUUCAUGAACCGCAACGCCGUCUUCCUCUGCGAGCGCCUCUGCGCCCAGUUCCCCGCCGAGACCAAUGUGCAGUUGCUAGCGACUUGCUACCUUCACAACAACCAGCCCUAUGCUGCAUACCACAUUUUGAAAGGUAAGAAGCUGCCGGAGUCUCGAUACUUGUUUGCUAUAUCAUGCUUUCGAAUGAACCUACUGCGGGAAGCUGAAGAAACUCUGUGUCCAGUCAAUGAACCAAAUGUUGAGGUUCCAAGUGGUGCGACAGGACAUUACCUUCUUGGACUAAUUUACAGGUACACUGGCAGAGUGGCAGCUGCAGCCGAGCAAUUCACACAAGCUUUGACUCUAGAUCCUCUUUUGUGGGCGGCAUAUGAGGAAUUGUGUAUACUAGGAGUUGCUGAAGAUGCAAAUGAAUGUUUUACGGAAGCAACUGCCCUACGUCUCCAGCAGGAACAAACAUCUACAUCAAAUCUGGAGAAGUCAAACUUUGUCAAUGAAAAUCGAGUUCUAUCUCCCAAUGUAUCAGCAAGCCUUGUGGAUAUCAGCCCUAAGCACAUAAAACAAUUGCCUGCUAACAACACAGCUGAAGUGCCUGGUUAUCCUCAUCUAAGAGCAACCGCAUUGCAUGUGCAGAACAGUGUACAAUCUAAUGUAGGACAGUUUGACAGUCCAUCACCAACUGUAACACAGACUUCUGGCAUCGUUCCACCACCACUCUUUAGGAAUCUCCAUGCCUAUCAGAAUACAACAAGUGGUGAUGCUCCGGCCAAACCAAAGGUUAAUGCAGUGAACCAACCACCUAGAAGAAAAUACUUGGAUGAAGCAAGGCUGAAGAAGGUUGUUGUUUCAUCAACUGAACCUGUUAUCUGAUUUUUAUUUGUUCCUCUUGUCCUAUAUGUGGAACUGCUAGAGGUUUUUCUUACUGUGGGAUAUCAGAUACACCUCUUUUUGCAUUUUAAUAAAAACACAGUAGGCCCCUCCCCGUCAACUCUUCUCUGAAAAGGAUAUGGUGCUGGAGUAAAUGCACAUUGGCUGAUCAUGCUUUAUGACAUGCUGCCAUUUUCCAGUUGCCCAACUGGUGGUGCCUGCUUCAGUAUUAAUUGUGAACAUUGUCUUCACCUCCUGGCUGUUCUAGCCUGUAAAAUUCCAGUCAUGGUCAUCUAUAUGAAGAUUCAGGAUGCUGUAUCCUUGCUGUGUAGUGUACCAGCAAGUAGCUAGUACCAGUGAAUCCACAGUACGCUUGGUUGCAGCUGGGUUGCAAAUUCCCUUACCUUUAAAGUACUACCCUGAUGAUGCUUGUCUACCUGCUAGAUUUUUGCCUGAGUUUCUGUUUAUCCGUUCUUUUCUUAUCCUCUUCGCAUUCCAGUAUUGCUGUAUAGUACGAUAAUAGCUGGUGGUAUUAAGAACUGAAAAGAUUGCUAUAAUCUAAUAUUUUCUGUUAUGUUAUCAUUUUGUUGCUAUAAGUUCCUCUAUGGUGUAAUACUCGGUGGAUGUGAAACUGGUUAAUCUGCACUACUGUGCAUUGAAGAUCUUUCCUCAGUAAUAUUUUUCUUUUCUCAUUGCCGUCUGUUAGAAUAACCCAUGCAAUCUAACGUAGGGUCAUUUUUUGUUGUUGUUAUGUAGCUUUCAGGUCUGGCUGUACACCCUCUUUUCUAUUACUUCUGCUAAUAGUCAGCACAUUCUUUAAUUUACAUCUCAUG